CUGAAGAACUACUCGUCUUUGAGCUGUCCGCCAAACAUGACUGCUAAACUGGACCCGAAUUGGCACACAGUACGCGUGCGUCCGAGACGGCUCAUCGAGUUCAGGUCCUCCCUCGAACUCGUGCGCACCAUGGCUGAUGCUAUUACCGCGCACAAAGGGUACUACGAGGCUGGGUUCAUCCACAGGAAUAUCUAUCCGGAGGCCAUCAUGACAUUCGAGGAAAUGACACCCACGGGAGCGAGCCGCACCUACGGCGUCCUCCUGGAUCUCGACAAUGGGGCGAGUCGCAGAGAAUUCAGACGUGGAAACAACGUCGCCACCUCUGGCCACCGUCACGCCUCGAAGAGCAAUGUCUCUGAGAACCUCGGACUUGAUGGCCAAGUCUCGGAACUGUAGUGGCAGUGCCACAUUACUAUACAAGAUUUCUGCAUAUAUGAUCCACGAACGUCGCCCUAGCUAUGUACUUAUAUGCUUCAACGGAUAGGCAUCAGCCGUUUCUUCAACCAGAUGAUUUUCUUGCAUACAUUGCAGGAGUGGGGAGUUCUUGAGGAUCGGCCAAUCCCGCUGCAUCGAUCGCCUUGAUGUCUUCAGGCGAAAGCUCGAGUUCUCCUGCAGAGAGGAUAUCCUCCAAGCGCUCCUUCUUCGUGCUCGA